UUCCUCGGUGUGUGAGAGUCAGUCUGGCAAGGUUUGGCGCAUCAGCGGAGAACAGGAGCGAGAGAGGACGUGCUUUGGAGCUGCGGUUCUUUCCCUAGAUUCUGCGAGCGGUGGCCUCCCCCUUUAGGACGCACGACUCCUUUUGGAAUUGUACACUCUCUUGGCUGCUAACUUCUCUGCCUAUUCCACACCGGCCUUAUCCACCCGGCAAACCGCACUAUUCUGAACACCCAUUCCAUUGAUAGCGGUCCAUUAAGCGCAGCAAGAACAGAACAGCGAAGAUGUCUGGGCAAGGCUAUCAGGGCAAGAAGAACAUUCCCCGCAUAACAAGCGAUCGUCUCCUGAUCAAAGGGCCGAUAAUCGUGAACGAUGACCAGUCCUUCUGUGCUGACAUCUACAUGGAGGAUGGUCAUAUCAAACAAAUUGGCGAGAACUUGAUAGUGCCCGGUGGGGUGAAGACCAUCGAUGCCCACGGGCGCAUGUUGAUGCCAGGGGGCAUUGAUGUGCACACACGCUUCCAGAUGCCCGACCGGGGCAUGACCUCGGUGGACGACUUCUACCAGGGCACCCGCGCCGCUCUGGCAGGGGGCACUACCAUGAUCAUUGACCACGUGGUUCCGGAACCCGGGGUCAGUUUGCUGUCUGCAUUUGAGCAGUGGCGUGAGUGGGCGGACAGCAAGUCGUGCUGUGACUACUCUCUACAUGUGGACAUCACUGAGUGGCACAAGGGAGUCCAGGAGGAGAUGGAGGCCCUGGUCAAGGACCACGGUGUCAACUCUUUCCUUGUCUAUCUGGCUUAUAAGGAUGUUUUCCAGCUUACUGACUCUCAGGUCUAUGAGGUGUUCAGUGUGAUCCGGGAUCUGGGGGCCAUCGCUCAGGUCCAUGCUGAGAAUGGAGACAUUGUGGCUGAGGAGCAGCGUCGGAUCCUGGAGCAGGGCAUCACUGGGCCUGAGGGACACGUCUUGAGCCGUCCUGAAGAGGUGGAGGCAGAGGCUGUCAAUCGUUCUGUGACAGUAGCCAAUCAGACCAACUGUCCCCUCUACGUCACUAAGGUGAUGAGCAAGAGUGCUGCUGAUGUCAUCGCUCAGGCCAGGAAGAAGGGCACGGUGGUGUAUGGGGAGCCAAUCACUGCCAGCCUGGGCACAGACGGCUCACACUAUUGGAGCAAGAACUGGGCCAAGGCCGCCGCCUUUAUCACGUCCCCGCCCCUCAGCACAGACCCGACCACGCCCGACUAUCUCAGCUCCCUGCUCUCCUGUGGAGACCUUCAGGUGACUGGCAGUGCCCACUGCACCUUCAACACUGCCCAGCGCGCCGUGGGCAAAGAUGACUUCACCCUCAUCCCCGAGGGUACCAAUGGCACUGAGGAGAGAAUGUCCCUCAUCUGGGACAAGUGUGUGGUGACAGGUAAAAUGGAUGAGAACCAGUUUGUGGCAGUCACCAGCACCAACGCUGCUAAGAUCUUCAACCUGUACCCCCGUAAGGGCCGCAUUGCUGUGGGCUCUGACGCUGACUUGGUACUCUGGGACCCAGACGUCACCAAGAUCAUCUCAGCCAAGAGCCACAACUCGAAUGUGGAGUACAACAUCUUUGAGGGUGUGGAGGUGCGUGGUGCCCCCCUGGUAGUGAUCAGCCAGGGUAAGAUCGUCCUGGAGGACGGGAACCUCCACACCACCGAGGGGUGCGGCCGCUUCGUGGGCCGGAAGCCCUUCUCUGACUACGUCUACAAGAGGAUAAAGGCCCGCAGCAGGCUGGCUGAGCUAAGGGGUGUUCCCCGGGGGCUUUAUGACGGGCCUGUUUGUGAGGUGUCAGUCACACCCAAAACUAUGACUCCUGCCUCCUCUGCCAAGACCUCUCCAGCCAAGCAGGCAGUAGCCGGCGCCCAGCCUGUCCGCAACCUGCACCAGUCAGGGUUCAGCCUAUCUGGUGCUCAAGUUGAUGACAACCUUCCUCGGCGUAACACCCAGCGCAUUGUGGAGCCACCUGGUGGCAGGGCCAACAUCACCAGCCUGGGUUAACCCCUCCCAUUGGCCACCAGGGGAAACGAGGGCUUGAGGAGAGGGGCAUCAGGGACUAGGGGCCAUUCCACCAGGAGACAAACCAAUUCUCCCCUCCUCAAUCUCUCUCCCCCAUCUGCCGCUGCCUACAUCUCUUCCCCACUCUCCCCACUCUCUCUCUAUAAAAAAGAUUUGCCUCAUUUGAAGAAAAAAAGAGACGAAAACAACAGCCCUUAUUUGAGCACUUUUGACUGUAUUAUUUAGUGUUCUCUACUGUACUUUCUUCCUGCCAUGUAUCAUUCAGUUUAGUUUCUGAUGUUCAUGUUAUAGUAGAGGGGUCAAGUGAGACUAGACUGAGCAGUUUUAAAACGGCCAGAAGGUCAAGACAGUGCAUGUCGCAUUUGCAUGGAGGGAGUCCAAUCUGUUGCCGUUCGUCUUUUUUCAUUUUCAAUGUAGGGUAAAUGAAGUAUGGAGACACAUGGGUAACAUGUUCUACAUCAGAUUAGUUGUGCUAACAUUACGUAGUGAACAAACAUGGAGGAGAUAAGUUGCUUAUGCUUUCCUCAAUAUUGAUCUAAUCAUCUUUUCACUGGUUUGUGUUUGUUCUCUACUGUUUAUACAGCCUUGCCCUCCACUGUGCUUUUCAUCUCUCACACUGUUAAGAUCAGUACAGCACUGGCUACGAUCAACACAAUUUAUUGACUUGUCCAUUGUUAUUGUUUAAAGCUGGUAGUAUGCUAUCCUCGUCCUCAGGUUACGGGAUGAGGCAUGAGAUUAGUAGUAAACUGAACCACUGUUGAAAACCUUAAAGGAACUUCUCACUGGUGCUCAUCUCAUGUCAUUCCACCAAUAGCUUUGUUUAAAGGUAUAAAUGGAAUGAAAAAACAUGGUCCAUAUUUGGAAGCUGCUGGUGAGCCAGGAAAGUCAAGUAGAUUAGGAGAAGGAGUUUUGGCAGGCGGUGAAUAGAGCGCUGUAUUAAGUCUCCCAGGGAGAGGCCAUCAUGGAACUUAACGGCCCAUGAGAGGAGAUGUGACUCAAAUUUAGGAUGUUGGGAGGAGUGUAACCGGGCGGCAGCGAAGGAAGGAAGAUUUGUGAGAAUACUAGGGAAUGCCCAAUUUGUCAUAGCCUCAUUCAACUGACCCUCUUUGCAAGAUGGUGCCACACUCGUACUCAGCUAAGCUAUAGUACAGUAUGUGCCCAUAUACCUCGCCUGAAGGGGAUUGUGAUCUAUCACUGUAAUGGGAUCUUUGAGAUUCAUACACCAUUUAAUUGACAGUGUUGCAGGCAGCAUCCCCUCCCUCUGUUCUAGAAUGUCCCAGUACCAACCAGUGCAUUCAGAAGACUGAAUGUCUUUCUGCUCCCGGCCUCCUCUUUUUAAUUCAUGCACUCCCCCUUUUCCUUUUUAACUCUUUAUGUGCCUGAACCCACAGAAGUUGUACUGAUAGUUCGAUUUUGUAUUAUUCUUAUUAUGGUAAGAGAAGGAUGUAAGAUAAAAAUGUAAAAUAGUCGAUGUUAACCGAUACAAAGGUGCCAGAUUUUGUUAUUUCGUAUUCCACUGAUAGUGCUCCUUUAAAAACAACAAUGCUUACUUAA